AUGACCAGCCAGUCUCAGGGAAUCCAGCAGCUUUUGCAGGCAGAAAAACGUGCCAAGGACAAACUGGAGGAAGCCAAAAAAAGAAAGGGUAAAAGGCUGAAGCAGGCCAAGGAAGAAGCCACAGCUGAGAUAGACCACUACAGACUGCAGAGGGAGAAGGAAUUUAGAAACAAGGAAACAAACGUAAUGGGCUCCCAAGGUAACCUCUCUGUCAAAAUAGAAGAGCAAACAACAGAAGCCAUCCGAAACCUCACGAGCAGCUACCACAAGAACAUGGAGAGCAUGAUGAAAAAGCUCUUGAGCACAAUAUGUGACAUCAGCCCUGAAAUUCACCCAAACUUCAGACCUGCAGUUUAAAAUUCAUUGAUGUGCUGU